CUCGGCGCGUUCGCGCGCAUCCCAUCCCGGUUCCUUCGUUGCCGGCCGCGAACUCGAGCGGGGCCGCGCGAACGGGAAAUAAAUAAAUGUGUGCCGGGACGGAGCUCCGAGGCGCGUCGCGAAGUGCAUCAUUUCACGCGCCGGAGUGCAUAUAUGUAUAGAAGUACAUCCUCGCAGAUUUCGAGUCGCGCCUCGCCGGCCGGUGAAUUUCCAGCAUCCCUGAGAAAAUCGGAGGGAUCGUGUCGGGAUUAGAUAGAUUCGCGAGGGAAAAAUAUUCUCUCCCCGUCGCCGUCCGGAAUAGGAUUCUUUCCUGGCGGCGCGUCCUGGCCUCUCGAUCGACACGAUUUUCGUAUUAGUGCGAUAUUUUAUUUUCGGGUGUACACAGCAAUGGCAGAAGGAAAUGGGGAAAUAAAAAUGGAAGAAAAACAAGAAAUGGAAAAUUUGGAACGGACAGAAGACUUUAACAAACUUAUGCAAUAUGGAUUAGAUGAGAAAGUGGCUGCCAAGCUUGAUGAAAUUUAUAAGACGGGAAAAUUGGCUCAUGUUGAUCUGGAUGAAAGAGCUCUUGAUGCUUUAAAAGAAUUUCCAGUUGAUGGUGCGCUAAAUGUGCUGACGCAAUUUCUGGAAUCUAAUCUAGAACAUGUAUCUAACAAAUCAGCAUACCUUUGUGGAGUAAUGAAGACAUACAGACAGAAGAGUCGUGCGGGUCAAGGAACAGGCACUAGCACAACACCCAAAGCCCCGGAUGAGGACAAAAUUAAAAUGAUUUUGGAGAGAACAGGAUAUCCUUUGGAUGUAACUACUGGACAAAGAAAAUAUGGUGGCCCUCCACCAAAUUGGGAAGGUCCAACGCCUGGUACUGGUUGUGAGGUAUUUUGUGGCAAAAUUCCAAAAGACAUGUACGAAGAUGAAUUAAUUCCGUUAUUUGAAAAAUGCGGAAAAAUUUGGGAUUUGAGACUGAUGAUGGACCCCAUGUCAGGUUCCAACAGAGGAUAUGCAUUUAUCACAUUUACUAAUAGGGAAGCUGCACAGCAGGCUGUUAGAGAGCUGAAUGAUUAUGAGAUUCGGAAAGGGAAAAAGAUUGGUGUUACCGUAUCAUAUAACAAUCAUCGCUUGUUUGUGGGAAAUAUUCCAAAGAAUCGAGACCGAGAUGACUUGUUCGAAGAGUUUACAAAGCACGCACCUGGCCUGACGGAAGUGAUUAUCUACAGCUCACCAGACGACAAAAAGAAGAAUAGAGGUUUUUGCUUUUUGGAAUAUGAAUCUCACAAAGCGGCUUCCUUAGCCAAGCGAAGAUUGAGCACCGGACGUAUCAAGGUUUGGGGAUGUGAUAUUAUUGUUGAUUGGGCCGAUCCUCAAGAGGAGCCAGACGAACAGACCAUGUCCAAAGUACGUGUGCUUUACGUACGAAAUUUGACGCAAGAUUGUUCCGAGGAGAAGUUGAAGGAAAGCUUCGAACAAUACGGCAAAAUUGAGCGAGUGAAGAAAAUCAAAGAUUACGCCUUUAUACAUUUUGAAGAUAGAGAUAAUGCCGUUAAGGCAAUGAACGAAUUAAAUGGCAAAGAAAUGGGUGGAUCUCACAUAGAAGUUUCGUUAGCAAAACCACCGUCUGAUAAAAAGAAGAAGGAAGAGAUGCUGCGCGCCAGGGAGAGACGAAUGAUGCAAAUGUUACAGGGUAGAGGCGGUGGAUCUCCAUCUCACCCGAGCAUGAUGGGAGGACCAAUGCCAGUUCGUGGACCUACACAAGGACCUCGGGGUACCGGCGCAGGUAUGCGUGGACAGAUGGGACGAGGCGAUUACGCUCUCAAGGAAAUAGAUUAUGAUUACGACUAUUACGGUUAUGGGGAUUAUCGAGGUGGCUACAGUGAUCCCUAUUACGAUGACUAUUAUCGAUACGAAGAUUACUAUUUCGAUUAUGCACCGCCUCCGCCGCCUGCCAGAGGGAGAGGCAGGCAGCCUCAACCGGCUGGUCGUGGCCGUGGAGUAGUGCCACGUGGCCGAAUCGGUGGCCCGCAAGUCCGUGGGCCAGUCAGGGGGGGACGCAACCCCGCAGCUUCAGGGGUCCGUGGGGUCCAGCGGCUGGCCGCUCGUGGGGGGGUCCGCGCCAAGGGAAGUUUACCAGGUGAGGAUGCAGGUAAACGAAAAUUUGACGGGGGUCACCAGAACCAGGGGGAAUCUAAGCGUCGCUUCCAGAGCAACUGGGGAAACCAGCCCCUCGCCCAACAACCGCUGGGCAAUGCAUACGGAUUGGCGAGUGUGAAUGGUGGCAGUGGUGGUGGUGGCGGUGACAUAAAUUUCGGAAAUAGAGCCGGCACGCUCGGCGGUGUUUCCGGUGAUGAUCACGAAUGGUAUCAAGACUCUUACCAGUCAUGGAGCUAA